AUGGCCUCGUUGAGGAUUAUCUCGUUGUGCACCGCAUUGCUUCUAUUGAGCAUCUGCGCAUCUGCGCAAGAUGGGCAGGGGCUCAUAUCGUGCCUUCAACAAAAGGGCAUUACAAACGUGACGACUUCUAAUUCUUCCUCUGCAUACGAUUCUCUCUUGAGGUUUUCUCUGCAAAACCUGAGGUAUACAGAACCAAGCGUGCGCAAACCAUACGUGUUGAUUCUGCCAUACAAGAGAGAACAAGUGGUAGACUCGGUGCGGUGCUGCAUCCAACACGGCUGGCAGAUCGUUGUGCGGAGCGGAGGGCACAGCUACGAAGGUCUCUCCUCGACUUCCGACUCUCCCAAUUUCGCUAUCAUCGACCUCAUCAAUUUCGACCAUGUUACGGUCGACAUGAAGUCGAAAACAGCGUGGGCAGAGGCGGGAGCAACGGUUGGACAGCUGUACUCCGCCAUUGCAGGCGUUACAACAGACUACGGCUUCCCUGCGGGAGUGUGUCCUACGAUGGGCACGGGCGGCCAUUUCAGUGGCGGCGGAAUGAGUUUGCUCUCCAGGAAAUACGGGCUCGCCGCCGACAACAUCAUCGAUGCGGUGCUUGUGGACGCAAAUGGUAAGUUGUUGGACAGAAAGAGCAUGGGAGAAGAUCUCUUUUGGGCCCUCCGAGGCGGAAGUGGAGGCAGCUGGGGAGUCGUCGUUGCAUGGAAAGUCCGGUUGGUGAGUGUGCCUCGCAAAGUAACGGUUUUCAAUGUGCACAGAACGGGGCGAAGUAAGGUGACCGACCUGGUCUAUCGGUGGCAAUCCAUUGCACCUUAUUUGGAACGGGAUUUUUUUAUUCGCACCGUCAUAUCAGGCACCCAAUUGCAAAGUGGCGAGAAGGACGUGACGCUCACCUUCAAUGGAAUGUAUCUCGGCCCCCUCGAUCAGCUGCUCAAAGUGGCUAACGAAAGUUUCCCCGAAAUGGGAAUCGUUGCUGGCGAUUGCGAGGAGACGGACUGGAUAGGCUCAAUAUCUUACACCGCAUAUACCAGUACGAGCCAGCUGGCUAACAGGACCAAUUCCGGCAAAAACUACUUCAAAGCAAAAUCUGAUUUUGUAUCGAGCCCCAUAUCGCCAUCGGGGUUGGAGGGCGCAUGGAAGUUCCUGGAAGAGGAGCUUAACGGUUAUGUUAUUUUUGCUCCGCUGGGUGGAAGAAUGUACGAGAUACCAUCGUGGGAGAUUCCAUUUCCCCACAGGAAAGGAUAUUUGUACAACAUACAAUAUCAAGUUACGUGGAGUGAUAGCAGCAAGGAUUCGGGCUUCAUCGAUUGGAUCCGAAGAUUUUACACAUACAUGACUCCUCAUGUAUCCAAAAAUCCAAGGGGUGCCUAUGUGAACUAUUUAGAUCUGGACUUGGGCACAGCUGUUAAUGGAACAGCUAGCGUGGCAGAGGCAAGAGCUUGGGGUGAAAAGUAUUUCGGAGGCAAUUUCGACAGAUUGGUGAAGGUAAAGACCAAAUUUGACCCUAACAAUGUUUUCAGGAAUUCUCAGAGCAUUCCUGUGAAUAAGUGAGAUAUUUAUAUUCAGCCCCCCUGAUUUAUUAUUUCCCUGUUUAUUAUAGUGUUGUUACUAUGUUGCCAAUUAACCUCUGACAAAUAAUUGUUUUUAAUAACACAUUAUUACAUUGUACGGACCGUCACCUGUCUUCCUUUUAACGCAUUCCAAGAUCUUGCUGGACUUUUUUCCUUUGUAACACAAUCCAUGCUCUUGCUUGAUUAAGCCUUUUGAGUGAUGUUCGCAGUUCAGAAAUUUAUGCAACUUUAAGUUGUUCAUACAACUAUGUUAUUGUAUCCAAAUCAUCUCACAUUUAUU